GUUACAAAGUCAUUUCUUCAGUUUUAUCUUCAGCCUUCGAAGUGUUAAGAUCGCAGUCAGUCUUCUUUUCGUGCUCGACGCUAUUCAAUUAACUUAAAUCCUACUACCGCUGCAAGAUGUCUAAAUUUUCGAUAGUUAAAGACACAACACGCAUGGUUCGCAACUUUAAUUUACAAGGACGUACUUUAGAGUUUAAAAUUAAACCGGUACCCGUCGGUGAAGACCCCGUCGGUUGGGUAAAGGAGGCCAUUAACCAAAUAAUUCAAAGAGCAACCGAAAACCUCAGUUCUGAAGAUCAAGUUUCGUUUUCGUUUUGCUCCAAGGAUUUCGCCAGAGGUGAUGGUUGGGUCCGCUUCAGACCUAUGGAACAGGUUACUUACGAUGAUGUGUGGAAUGUAAUAAGCAGCACCUAUCAGUCAAAUUCCACGGGGCUCAACACCGAGACGUUCUGUCUAGGAGUCACCUCUGUGCGGAUGCCCGCUCGGAAAGGACGCGGCAAAAAGUAUAACACUUUUGAAGAGGAGUGUGAGAAGCGACGAUCUACAGAUAAUUCGGAUAUGACGCUAGUUGCUCGACCAUCAACCUCUAGAGAGUCCCAAAUCCAAAGACAAACUCACACUUUAAAAGAAGCAGAGGGCCAAAAGAGAGUGACUAGAAAGAGAUGUAGCGCAUGCUAUAAAAAUAUGUCAAGGCAGCACAAUUCAGCCUAUGCUCGAAAAAAUGCUAAAAAGGUGAACACUGUUUGUGAACAGUGUGAACAACCAAUGUGUAUAGCAUGUUUUAAAAAUCACAAAUAA